AUGCCAAUUCAUCUCUUAUCAUCUGUGAAUCCACCAAUAUAUGUGAUCAAUAAAUUGCACAAGAUAUUUUCUAUGUUUUACUGGAGCAAUUCAGGAAAUGGAAGGGUAAGACAUUGGGCUUUAUGGAACAACUUAUGUCUUCCUAAAAGUGAGGGAGCUAUAGGUUUCAGAUCCUUACAUGAUGUGUCUAAGGCUUUGUUUUCCAAGCUUUGGUGGAACUAUAGAACAAAAGACUCAUUGUGGUCUACAUUUAUGCGAAAUAAGUACUGCAAGAAGAUCAAUGAGGUGUUAGUACCUUGGAGACAAGUAUCUCAUGUAUGGAGAAAAAUGUUGAAAAUGAGAGAUGAGGUGGAGCAUCAAGUGUGGUGGAAAUUGAAGAAUGGCAACUCUUAUUUCUGGUGUGACAAUUGGACUGGACUUGGAGCUCUUUACCAUACUUCAGGUCCAGAUCAUUGGUGUGAUGACUCUAUGAAGUAUGUUGAUGAAGUGGUUGAAAAUAGGGCAUGGAAUGAAAUGCUACUAAGGGAAUUACUGCCCGAUGAGCUAGCUGACCAUAUUCUGUAG